AUGCCCGAGGGUCUGGCGCCGCCCCCAACUGCUGAGCUUUGUCCGCGACGUGCAGCUGAUAGCGCGCCGCGCAUGCCAACCAUCGAAGCGCCAUACACGCCCUACCGGUGGGGCCAGGGGAAGGCCACGGCUCCCUCUACUGGGGGAGCGAGCACUAAAUCCUCACAAACGCUCCGGCACUCCAGACGUUCAGGGAUGUGCGUUGGAGUCUCGUGGUCGGGCUCAUCGGAGGCCGUGUGUCCGAUCAGUGACCAACACGAGCAGUGA